GUAGAACUGAUAAACUGCCAAAAUUCCCACUCGCAACAAAAAUAAGAACAAACCAGUCAAACACAACACGCCUAUCCCAUUUUAUUAUAACCCCUUCUUCUUUCACUUCCAAUCCCCAACAACCCAAUUCAGGAAAAAUGGAAUCUGUCAUUGCAGAGCUAGAAGGCACCCUGUUGAACAGCUCCGAUGUGUUCUCCUACUUCAUGUUGAUGGCCUUCGAGGCCUCCGGUUUGAUCCGCUUCACCCUCUUGCUCUUCUCCUGGCCACUCGUACGCCUCCUCGACGCAGCCGGGAUGGCGGAGCUGGGGCUGAAGCUGGCCACGUUUGUGGCCACGUUUGGAGUUCGAAAGGCGGAGAUCGAGUCGGUUUCCAGGGCGGUUUUGCCCAAGUUUUUUAUGGACGAUUUGAAUAUGGAUGUUUGGAGAGUGACAAGCAGGUUUAGGAGACGAGUGGUGGUGACUAAGAUGCCUAGGGUUAUGGUAGAGAUGUUUGUAAAGGAGCAUUUACGAGCGGAUGAGGUCGUCGGGUGUGAACUCGGGUUUAAUCGAUUCGGGUUCGCAACCGGGCUCGUGAAGGGAGGAUUGGGUUCUGUUGUUGAAGAGAUUUCUAAGCUUUUUGAAUUGGGAAAUGGUGGAAGAAGGCCUACUAUGGGCAUGGGGCGACCUUCAUCUAGCUCUUCCUUUUUAGGUCUUUGUGAGGAACAAAUGCACCCACCAUUAACCGCCGCUCAAAUCCAAGAUCACAUUCCACCCCACCAAAAUCUUCGACCAUCACCGGUCAUUUUCCACGACGGCCGGCUCGUCAACCGCCCAACCCCAGCCACCGCUCUCAUAAUCCUUCUGUGGGUCCCAAUCGGUAUAAUCCUCUCCCUCUUUCGAAUCUCCAUCGGCUUAAUUUUACCAAUGUGGGCCAUCCCCUACGCUACCCGCCUCUUCGGCGGGAAAGUCAUCGUCAGAGGCCACCCCCCGCCGCCGCUCUCUAGCGGCCCCAACGCGGCUACCUCUGGAGUACUUUUCGUGUGCACACACCGCACCUUAAUGGACCCAGUCGUUCUCGCCACCGUACUCCGCCGGAAAGUCCCCGCCGUCACCUACUCCAUCUCCCGCCUAACUGAAAUCCUCUCCCCAAUCCCCACCGUGCGAUUAACCCGAAUCCGACAUGUCGACGCGGAGAAAAUCAAACGAGAGUUAUCCAAAGGCGACUUGGUGGUGUGCCCCGAAGGGACGACAUGUCGGGAGCCGUUUCUCCUGAGAUUCAGCGCGCUGUUCGCAGAACUGACAGACAGGAUUGUACCGGUGGCGAUGAAUUACCGGGUUGGUUUUUUUCAUGCGACUACGGCUCGGGGUUGGAAAGGACUGGACCCGGUGUUUUUCUUCAUGAACCCGCGGCCGGUUUACGAGGUAACGUUUCUGAACCAGUUGCCGGUGGAGGCGACCUGCUCGGCCGGGAAAAACCCGCACGAGGUGGCAAAUCACGUGCAGAGGAUUUUGGCGGCGAGUUUGGGGUUUGAAUGCACCAAUUUUACGAGGAAGGAUAAGUAUAGAGUGUUGGCUGGGAACGACGGAACGGUGUCGUAUGUCUCCUUGGUUGAUCAGCUCAAGAAGCGGAUCGCCAAAUUCAAGCCCUUUAUUCACCUCAUUUAGCAACCGACGGUUCAGAUUGCUUUGCUUUGCUUUAGUUUCUUAAAUAGUUUUAGUGGUUUUAUUGCAAAUUUGUCUCUCUUUUUUAAAUGGAAUUUGGAUUAAUUUGUUUUCAA